CCCCAAAGAAAACUGUUCUGAAAAAUCACCCACAGUGUCAUAUCAGUUAAUCCUUACAAGGCUAAUAUCUUAAUAAAAAAUACCUUCAAGAACAAAAGCUGCCAAUUGACUGAUAGAUGCAAUACUAAACCACAAGAUCAAAAUCUAUUGUGUGAAAAUGAAGGCUCUGCUUUGAGUCAUUUAUUCAGUUUUACCUUUAAUUUAACACAUCACACAGUGCUCAGGCGCAUCCAGUUGAGAAACUACAUGUUAUGGUGUUAAUUGUUAAAAUCUGGAUGAGGGAUCUUUUAUGUUAUUUUAUUUUUCAUCUUUAUUAUUCAGUUUUAGCCCCAAGGGAUUGCCACCUUAUCAUGGUCACAGGGUCCAUGUGCCUCACUGACCCUAGGAGCUAUUCCAGCAGCAGUUUAGUCUUCAGGUGGGACACCCAAGCUGGACAGGUUGUAAGGCCUGACAGAGUGCAAUCCACUUCUCCAGGUUGAGGGUUAGAUACAUAGCUAAUAACCCAAUUCCAUAGAGAAAAAAAUGCCCUCCACAAAAUGUGUGUAAAAUAAUCCCCCAGAAACUGCUGCUGUAGCAUGAUGUAGAACUGGCCAUGCUUUAGAACGAGUUCUGGUUUGUGUGCUGUCUUGUUAAAUGUUACAAUUGAAUAGUUUUAUGUGUCCACUCCUUACGUUAGGCCUGGUAAUAGGACACCAUGGCAUGCAUUUGUUUCUCUGCAGGAGCAGCAACAGUAUCAACAUCAUCAUGUUCCACAGCACAGAGGUUUCCAUGGUGAGGCAUUGUAGCAUUUUUCACCUGCUUCAGAGGAAGAUGGCUGGCUUAACCAAAGAGUUACAGUAACAUAAGGACAACGCCGGUGGAAUCCAACAUGACUGCAGAGGUGAAAACACUGAUUCCAGCCUGUCCUGUUGAGUACCUCGUGUUUACCAACAUCCCAUUUCUGGACAAGAACAAUCCAGAUGUAUAUUCAACCCAUUUCAAGGAGGACUUCCAGCCUUGUUCUUCCAAGAAAGUAGAACCUGUUCCUCUAGCCAUCACAGCCCAGGUGGACCACAGAGACUUGAGGCACAUUAAGGAAUACCUGUCAGAGGCGACAGCUUCCUACCACCGUCACCCACUGCCACAGGUAACCCGCACGCCACGAUGGGCUGAGCUUUGCACCAACUUUAAGAUGCAAACAGACCCUAGGGAGGCAGCUUCCAGCUUCCUCACAACCCAGUCCCAGAAAUUCCAGCCCCAUCCCUUCCAGGCGCCUCCCACCCCCUUCAGACUAACAGAGGCCAUCAAGAAGAUCGAGCAGGAGGAAACAUUUCCAGAAAGCACCAACAAAGCUACCUUCACUCUACACCAUGGUUCUCCUGUUAUAAAGCCCACAGUUAAACAUCUAGAGGAAGGCUUUCCCACAAUAAAAGGGGAUGGGUGCCACCGCAACAUCAUCUCCCAGUACAAAGACAGCUUCAAGGGAGCCUGGAGCCAAGCUGCUCAACUUAUGGACAAGCCCUCGUCAGUGUCUAUGGGUGAUCCUGUGAAGAUUGUAGAACGAGAGACAACCCACGCUGCGUCAUUCAGCCGACCCACUCCCUGCAGUCAACCUGUGGUGAAACACCGUUUGAAGCUCAACCUUGGAAAUUUCUCUAAGGCCCCAUGGUCGUCCACAUCCAAAGAAGCUUUUUGUUAUCACAAGAUUGGAGAUCCAGUUGUUCUGACAAGGGGGACCCAACAGUACAGUUCCUUUCCCAAGGGGGACACUGAUAUGAGUCGCAACAAAGAGAGGAUGUCAGUCACCACCACCAGAAUCUCCUUCUCUGAACUCAACCACACAGAGCGUCCAGUGUAUGCCCCUGGGCCUGAACUGAUGACCAAAAGCAACGUACAGUUCAGCCCACACUGUCUGUUGGGCCAGUACUACACGACCACGACCAAAGAACACUACGGCAAACAGGAGGGAGAGCGAGCCAGACCAGCCAUCCAGCUACCAUGCAAGCUACUGAGUGGAUCAGAACCGGCGCUGACCCUCAGCACCUCCAAGGCUCACUUCCUCCCUUUCAAGGCCCGCAAACAGACACCUUGUCUGUCACAGCAGAGGAGCCACAUCAGGUUUCCAGUGGCCGAACAGCACUUCCGCACCACUCACAGUGAAGCAUACACAGCCAAACCUUUAACCCUGCAGCACCCUGCCAACAGUCAGUACUUGUCUCAUUUUGUCAUGAAGUGACUGAGAAUCACAACUUGGCCACCGGCUCGUUCAUGGCCAGCUCGUAAUAAAAGAUAAAAAGUCAAAUCAAAAAAUGUUUUCCCUGAU